CGCGCCGCAGCCUCGCGACCACACCGCCGGUGGCGGCGCGCCGAUGCGCCUGCCGUCCGGCCCGACGCCCGCGCCGCUACGCUUAACGAGCCCCUUCGAUACUCUUAACGCCCGAACCUCGCUGGUGCCGCUUUCACUGUUACACCUGAAGCGAGCCCUUCGACCCGUCUGUAUCGACGACCGUCGUCGGAUGGAACCCGGAGUGCGCCGAUUCGCAUCAAGCGGCGGGAGCUAGCUCAGACAUGGGAAGUGAGCACUAUUGCCUGAGGUGGAACAAUCAUCAGAGCAACUUGCUCGGCGUUUUCAGCCAACUGCUACACGACGAAAGCUUGGUGGACGUCACGCUCGCCUGUUCCGAAGGUGCCUCCAUCCGGGCUCAUAAGGUAGUACUAUCAGCGUGCUCAUCUUACUUCCGUUCGCUAUUUGUGGACCAUCCUUCACGUCAUCCAAUCGUGAUCCUCAAGGACGUGGGUUUGGAGGAGCUCCGAACGCUCGUAGACUUCAUGUACAAGGGCGAGGUUAACGUCCAAUAUUGCCAACUGCCUGCUCUCCUUAAAACUGCUGAGAGUCUACAGGUCAAAGGACUAGCUGAAAUGACUACGCUUAGCGCAGCCGGCAUUGACACGAGGAACGUUCCGGAACCGAUGGAGGAGUGCCAACAACAAGAUAUUAGGGAAUGUACAGAAUCGCAUGAAAGGUUAGACGAGCGAGACACACGCGACAAAGAAGAAAGGAGGGAAGCAAAAGAAAGUCGUGAAAUCCGUGAAAGGGAUUGUAAAGAUAUACGAGAAGGUCAUAGAGAAUCUCGAGAAACGAGAGAUUUGGGUGGGCACAGAGAAAGAGACAGAGAACGCGAAAGGGAACCACGAGACUUGAUACGAGAAACUCGAGAUUCACGAGACCUGCGGGAUCAUAGAGACUCUAGAGACCAUAGAGAAUUACGAGAUGUUAAAGAUAAUAGAGAGCCUAGAGACCUGCGUGAAAUAAGGGAUGCAAGAGAUCUUCGUGAUGCUCGCGAUCAACGGGAAGCCGUUGAAGCUUCUCCACCAAGAAUAUCACCCUUACUUUCUGUGAGACGGUUUAGGCCUGAAACGUCAAUUGAAACUCCAACAUUAACGCAUCCACCUAUACCAAAAGACGAGCCGCCCGACGAACCAAUGCGACCAUCAUCACCUGAAGACGACUCCGUUUCAAUUAGGUCCAAUGGUGCGAAUGAGAACAUGGGCAUAAAUAUGAUAAUAAACAGUCAUGGUGGUUUGGGACCGCGCUACUCUCCUGUAGAACAAAGGCUCAGUGUGCUGAACACAUUACCGCAUCCUGGAUUGCCUCAUCCCUCACACAGUUCAUUGUCGAGUCCAAGAAAUGAACCUAUAGCAGGCCCCUCCGGGUUGCCUCCUGUUCAACAAGUACCUUUGUCCUUGAAAAAAGAAGCAGAUUGGGAUAGGAGUAACGAGGAGAAGAGUGUGGAGUCAGCACCGGAGUACCGGAUGCAGCAUGAAUCUAUGUGCUUGGAUAUGACAUGUGGGUCUCCGAAUAUUGCAAGCCCCAUACCUCCCAGUAGUCCAACAGCACUGCCUCUGUGGUCGCCGCUUCUGGCCCUGCAAGCUUGCCGUCUCCGCAGGUAUCUUAGCGAUGAUUGUAUGGCAUACCAGAGCCGCCAUUUACUUCAUUCUGAAAGGCGCCGCUGUGGCGUCUGCCUUGCUUCCUUUCCCUCGACUUGGCUUUUAGAACGUCAUGCCGCUCUUCAACACGCGUCGCAGUCUUCUACCGAUGAUAAACCGUUCGUCUGCGAACAAUGCGGACAGAGCUACCGCUAUAGAUCCGCUUACGUAAAGCAUAGAGAACAAAACCACCGAGCAAGAUUACCAGCUGAUAAGUUAUUUACUUGUGACGUGUGCGGCAUGCAGUUUCGGUAUCUUAAAUCCUUUAAAAAACAUCGUCUCAAUCAUACUUUGGAAAGACUUCAUACUAAAAACACUGACCAACCGGAAGGUAUAGACCAAGUCACUAGUACUAAUGAAGUUUUAAUCGGUCAGUGUGGAGAAAUGGAUUUAUCCAUGAAGAAGAAAAAUAGAACUGACGUUGUCAGAACGCCACCUAUCGAUGUCAUUGUCGAUGGCGAACAAGAUAGUACCGUAGAUUCGAACGGACCCACUGAUUCUAUUGUGACCGUCGAUGAUUCCAACGACUGCAGGAACUCGAGCGCAGAUAGCGAAACAAAAAGGGAUGAGUCCGUCACAAAUGAAAGAAGACGCGUCCCCGUAUCCUUCGCAAGCGUCAGCUCCAUGGCAGACAGUUCCGAGAGCGAGUCACGUGGCGAUAGUAAACUCGAAAGUUCUAGUUCACAUUCCGGUAUUCUCGGAUUUCUGCAAAACGACGACAGACAGAGAGACAGAGAAAGAAGAUUCGCUUGUCCGUUCUGCGGUAAAUGUGUGAGAUCGAAGGAGAAUUUGAAGCUACACGUGAGGAAACACACCGGUGAACGGCCGUUCGUGUGUUUGUUUUGCGGCAGAGCAUUCGGCGGGAAGAGCGACCUGACGCGUCACCUGCGCAUCCACACGGGCGAGCGGCCCUACCACUGCGAGGCGUGCGGAAAGUGCUUCGCGCGGGCCGACUACCUCUCCAAGCACUUGACCACGCACGUUCACAACGCACGCUGAUCGACCGCGCCGUCCUGUUUUCGAUCUUCUCAUACCUCUGUAGUUAAUGACCGAGUCAUUUUAUAACAGCAAAUUGGAAUAUUUUUUAAAAUAUUUUGAAUCUUUACAACUUUAUCGUGGAUAUAUUUAAGCAGGUCUAAAUAGAAUUUUACCAUAUUGCUUUUUUUCGGAGUGGUGUCUAUAGUUUAAUAAAUAAUUUUCUAUAUUUAUUCUAUAACGUUUAAUAAAUGGAAAGAAAACUAAUGAUUGCCGCUAAGUAAUAAAGAGGAUAACUUUAUCAUACGUCACACUACAUUCUGCUUGCAAACUAAGGCUAAAUUAUUUAUAUUUAAAAAUUAUAUUAUUUUACCAAAUUUUCGAAGUAAGCGAGAGUCUGAAUAGAUAACGAUUUCGGUAUAAUUGAUUUUCGUUUUCAAAUGCGGGAAUAUUUUUUGACAACAAAAAAAAUCUUACGUAACAUAAAUUUAUUUAAGCUAAUUUUUUAUUUGUUGCCGAAAUAUAAAUAAAUAAAAUUUGAAAACUCUAAAUAAGAUUGAAAACUCAUUCCAUGGAACGGAAAUUAGAAAAUUGUAGUGUUGACGAUAGGUAGGUAAGAGAAUGCAAAAAAAGCUGUGAUUAAUAUGAUUAAGACCAGUCACCAAGUUUUAAAACAUCGAAAAUGUUUUAUGUAAUUUAAAGUAAUUUUAAAUGUCUAGAUUUAAAUUAAUAUUAGAUUUAAGUAAUCUCUCUGUGCCAAAAUAUGUACCUCAUAAAGUAAACAUUGAAGUAGAUAAACUAAUUGAGAACAUUGUUUACACAUUUUGACAUAUAAUGUUGUAUGCAGGUUCAUAUUAAUGGUAUGUCAUCGAGUUUCUGUUACGAUCAAAUAGAUCAACCGAACAGAAAAAAAUACUUGCCCGCACUCAGUCCGCUCGUCUGGAAUAUAAGUUCCGUUAUAGAUCGCUAAUUUCAUACUUCAAAACUAAAGUUAACUGCCGAUAUUGUGAUAAUUCUUUAUAGAUAUAAACCGUGCACGAUGUAGGGGUUCUAAGUGUUUAAUGGCAAUAAAACAACUCGUAUCAUUCAGGUGAAAUCAUCCUUUCUAUUUUAUAGCGUUUAAAUAAAUUCAUAAGCAAUACAGAUCAUAGAUUUUCGACACCAAUAUUCGUCUUUUAAAACUUGUAUUGAAAUGGUAAUAUUUAUAAUAAGACAGAGGCAUUAAUAUUAUAAUUAUUUUAUUUUAUUUACACGAUAUUUAUCUGACAUAAUUAUAUUUAUCUCUUACGUUACUUUUAAGAGAACGAUUUUAUUAAUACAAAAAGUUGCGUUCUUCAAUAAUAAUAGUCUUUAUUAAUGUGCCAAUCUAGUUUUCCAGUGUAUAACUAAAUGUAUUAAUUUACUUUAACAUCCAAAAUUCUGUGUUGAUUUUUGAUAGUUACUGGAUUUUUCCAUAGUCUUAUGUCAUUUACAUCUAAAGUUCGAUUAACAGUAAAACAGUUACCUCAACAACAUUAUAUUUUUAUACAACAAAUUAAAAUAUUUAUACACAGAUUAAAAAUAUAAAUUAUUUGAAGUCAUAUAUUAUUAUUAUAUUUAUUAUAAACGAUAAUUUUAUUACAGGUGAAUAUAAAUAAUAAAAAUAUUUAUUUGAAAUUAUUUUGAAUGUACACAACUGGCCAUUUUCAUAUAUAUUUUGAAUGCGUUCAAUUUUCAAUUAAAUAAUAGUUUAAGUAUUUUUUUUUCUAGGUGUCACGUCUGAGUGCAACUCAUUGUCAAUUAAAUUAUUAUAAUUAAGGGGAUAUAAUAUGUAUUGUGUAGCGAAUAAUAGUCAUUGUUCCAGUAAGCGGGCCAGUAUUUUUUAAACACGAAAAAUCCGUCGGGCAUUAGUUACGUAACGUAACGAUAAACUCAAAAAUAGAAUAAUAUAAAAAAAAAAUGUUCGUAUUUCUUGUAAGCUAAUAGUCAAUGCAACGAAAAAGCUGUUUGGUAACCGUUAUUAUUGAAGUUAGGGUUAUAUAAUAGUCUAAUUUAUUUAGUUAGUACUGUUGUCAUUAUUGAAGAGUUCUUAGACCGUCGCCGAUAAUCGAGUCUGCUAGACACGCGAGAGUGAGUGGGUGUAGUUCACUUUGUAACGUGAAUAAGGGAGAUACUCGAACUUCUGUCUACAAACUGCAUUAACAUUAGUAAAAGUGCGAACGACCAUCUGGUCGUCAGUCAAGAGAAUAAUUUCUCAGUAAAUAAACAGCGAACUUUCGGUGUCACCAUUAUGAUUUAUACAAUAAGGAUUUCAUCGUAUAUCUUUUUCUAACUGGACGAGGUUAGUAAGUAAACCUUGGUUAUGCUCAAUCCAAGUUAUUUUUUCAAUUAUAUACUUAAUUAUAAUGACAAUAGCUAUUUGACCAAUAACUGAAUACAUUUAUACCGUUUACAGAUAACAAAUAGUUAACAGAUAACGUACACGUUCGCCUUAAGCCCCUAGGGAAAAGGUUGUCUGAAAAGUUUCCUUUUGUUUUUUUUUGUUCUUUGUUAUACAUACAAAUAAAUAAAGCGUAUUUAUUAUGAUAUAUUUGAAUUUGCCAGAGGGAUAUUAUAAUAAGUAAUUUUUAGGUAGUAGAAAACUUCUAGUAUAAAACGAGAAGCAAUACUCUGAAUUUUUUAUUUUUUACUACCAAAAUACUCUAAUAACAAUAUAAUAUUGAUAAAUUUGGCAUUAGUAACAUGCUAAAUUAAAGUCUGAUGUAUUGUCGUUUUUUUCCAAUUCUACGUGUAAAAUUUAGGUAUGAUAAAUACCAUCGAAAUUAAUGUAAACGCAUUAAACUGUGUGUAAGUAGAUAUUUGCCAUUACGUCAAAUUUAUAAAAAAAAAAAAAAUAAUCAUUCGAAAUUGAUGUUGACUGUUUUUAUAAUUAUAUCAGCCGUAGUUACUUGAUGUUGUGGUGUAAAUUAGUGUCUUAUUAUAUAAGGUAAAAAUCACUCAAAGUAACCUUAACAAAUGUUAUGUUUCUUAAACAGAUGUACUCCGAUACUAUAGUUUUGGAAUAUAUAUUUUUUACACAUAGCAACUAUUGAAUUACAAAAAAUACAGUCAGGCAGAGAGGUACCUUUGAGUGAUUAUUUUGAAUUCUAGUAGUCUUUAAUAUUGGUGUGGUCUUCUUUAUAAUACAUGUUCACAUAACUUAUUACUGUAAUUUAUAAUGUAUAAUUUAAAAUCAGAUUCUAAAUAUAUAUCGAGCACAGCAAAUGUUUUGUAAAUAUGUGCUAUACCAGGACAAUUGUGAUAUAUUAGAUUAAGUGAAUAUUCUGUUCAAAAUGAUAAUGAUUACCACUAAAGACAUAUUGUCCUUUUCUUCGGAGCUAGAAUUUAUUUUAUCUGUGUUAUGGCCACAGAUUAUAAGCAAAUGUAAUAAUUUUACCGCGUACUGUGAGCCAAUGGGCAUUAUUUACUCUCAGUUUUUUUUUUUAUUUUAUUUAAUUGAACACACAAGGUGCGAGAGAGGUUUUUAAAGCAUCAGAUUUAUAUGGGAUCGGUGUAAGGACACUGUAUAUUAAUUUAGAUUUGCGCACAAUUUUAAAAGUGUUUAACAUUAUAUAAUUAUCUCCGUCCAAUUAUAAAAUCGCGUUUGGUUAUAAUUUAUAAAAGUUAUGUUUAAUGGAAUAAUUUUUAAUACAACGAAUAUUAAUUUUCUACGUCAUGUUAUGUUUUUUUUUUUUUUUUCGAUAACAUAAGAAUGUGUCUUCUCUAAUUCAAUUUACAUCGAAUAGCAACGAUAGACGAGACUUCUAACUUAAUUGACAUAAGUCUUUUAAAUGUUCUGUAAGGUUUUCAAAAAGCAAUCACCAGGGGACGAUGAGAGAACUAGGAUAUGUUGUACUAUUUAAAUGUAGUCGAUGUAUAAAACUAAUAUUUAAUCGGAAGAAAGACAACGAAUGCUUACUUGGUGGUUGCUAAUAUUGUGAUAUUACUAUUAGUUGUAACCGCGCUAUGUCUGACAGCUGAAGUCUCUCCACAGCCUAGCCAACGAUCGAACGUAGACUGAUUUUCGGGUAGACAUAAAGUAGGCCAGAAAUUUCGCAGUCAAUAAGUAAUAUAAUUAAUUAAUAGGUAUUGAUUUUAAACUUUUUAAAAGCCAAAACGCAGUCUCAAUAGUUUAUGAUAUAAAAACAAUAAGAGAGUUUAUUUAAUUUUAAACAUAACUUAUACAGAAUGUUUUAUAUACGGACCUUAAAUUAUUUUUCAGAUGUAUUGAUUUUUAUACAUGACCAUAUACAAACAAUGAAUAGAGGUAAGUGUAGAUAUCGUAGAUGGGUCUAUUAACUGCGUGGUGCUACAACGUGUAAUGAUAUGUGAUAGAAAUUGUUCUUCAGAGACAUUUUAUUUAUUGAUGCUUCCAUAGUUAUUAAAAUAUAAUCACAUUACAUUUUGAUAUACAAACAACAACAGCAAUAAUUUGUUUUAAGAACAUAAUUACAUAAGAUUAUUAUUUUCCAGUAUUUAUAGAUCGUUGAUUUCGUUGGACUUAAUGGGAGUCUCUAAAACCAAAGUGUUUUUUUUUUUUUUAUUAACAACCGUUCAAAGCUUUGGUUUAUGUAAUUGGUAGUAGAAAUAAUGGAUUACAAUAAGUACAUAAUUAUUUUAUAUUUUGCGGAAUCGUUUUUUUUUUUUUGUUAAAUAGCGUUUAGUAUUUUUAACGUUACUUAUUUUAAUUUAUUAUGUAUUUAAUAUAACGAAACAGGAACAGCUAGAUAGUUAAUAUUAAUUUGAUUUCGACUCGUUAAUGUUCGAUCAUGUGUGUUAACUUGUUUUAUGGCCUUUUUUUAUUGUAUGACGAAGUUAAAUAAAUAUCUUCGUAUGGUACAAGAUCAUUGCUUAAAGAUUCUACGGGAAGAUUCUUGUGGUAAAUUUUAAUAUUAGUCUCACUUCUGAUAGGUAGUUUAAAAAAAGGUUUUUGUUGUAAAAUGUUUUUAAUUCAAUAUGUCUAUGAAUGGGAAUUUAUUCUCCAAGCAUCAUCAUAUGUAUAUUUUUGUUUAUUCAAAAAUAAAACUUUAAAAUUUUGUUUAUUAAUUAUCUAAUAAUUAUAUAAUCUGUAAUACUAAACCUUGAAUUCGCAAGAUUUUCUUAUGUCAUAUUAUGUAAUUUUAACAUUAGAUAUGUAUAAUAUUACAAACAUAAAGACAAUAGAAAAUAUUGUUUGGAGGAUAAAUUCCUUAAUUUUAAGCCAACGCUAGUGUAAUACAUACUGUUAUAUGAUAUAAUAUAUUUUUUUUACUGGUAUAUUUCAGAUAAUUAUUACUGUUAAACAGAUAGUCCUGUUUUAUAGUUUUAACACGUCAAACUUUUUAAUAGGAAUUUUAAGAUUUUUUUAUUUGGCAAAUAUUAUGUCAAAUUUUUAUCUACGGAACAGUCCAUUGGUUUUAAAUCUCUUGUCCAUUUUCCAACUAACUUAGGAUAGUUCAAUAUUUUGGAUAUGUAUUAAGUCACUUAAAAUUGCUAUUGUGUAUAUUGUUUCAAUUAAUAUUGAUGUGCAAAAUUAUAGUAAAUGUCUUGGAUCUCUAAAAAUUAAGAAAAAAAAAGACAAAAACACUUCACGAAAUAUCUAAAUGUGCAAUAAAUGUGUGUGUUGUAGUGUUACCAUUAGGCGUAAAAAUUUUUACUAAAAAAUAUGGUUACUAGCACUGACGGACAGUAGAAUCAACUGUUCGUUUUUUUAAAUGUUUUUGGACAUAACGAUGAUCUCAAUAUAAGUAACCAUACUUUUUAGUGUGUUAAAUGAAAAUUUGGCACUUAAAGGCACAUUUUCCUAUUAUAAAAAAUGGUUUGAAAACGUGUUGAAAAUGGAUUUGUUGGGUAAUUAAUUUCGUAAUGAAAUAUAUUUGUUUCAUUAAAA